CACCGUCCGACCGACCGCGUGCUGGUGUGUCGCUACAGUCAUGUAAUGGGGUCGUUUCGCGACGUAUUUUAGGGGUGUUUUGUAAAUAUUUAUUUAAAUAAUUUGUCAGAAGGAACCACAGCUCAAGUGAAGAGUGCAGGGGAGUUGGAGAGUGAGUGGAUACCAGUCUCAUUGCCAGCUGGCUAAAUAUUUUCUGGUACUGACUUGCUGGCGAACUGGACCAAUGAUGGAAUUACAAACGUUGCAGGAGGCCCUGAAAGUGGAAAUACAAAUCCAUCAGAAACUUGUUGCACAAAUGAAGCAGGACCCACAGAAUGCUGAUCUGAAGAAGCAGCUUCAUGAACUUCAGGCCAAGAUCACUGCUCUGAGUGAAAAACAGAAAAAGGUGGUGGAACAGCUGAGAAAGGAGCUGUUGGUGAAGCAGGAGCCAGAGCUGAAGCUGCAGACGGUGCAGGCAGACGGCAAAGCCAUGAUACUCUCACCAUCCUGUCUGCCUCAGCAGCAGCCCACGUUGCCUCCUCACAACAAGGCCGCUCCACAGAAGACUCUGCAAGUCACACCGGUCAUCACCACGAAGACUCUACCUCUGGUACUGAAAGCUGCCGCCUCCACCAUGCCUGCAUCCGUGACAACGCCACGCCCCACUGUUGCCAUGGUCACUGCCAUCAGCAAUAUCCCCAGGCCUGCCUUGACCUCUGAUUCUCGCAAUGCACCAGUGAACCUUCAGAUGUCCAGCAAACUGAGCAGUAAGGACACAGAGGCUGCGUCACGAGUCGUGCCGAAGAACGUUAUCGUUGUGCAGGCCAGCACCACCUCGGCUCAGCCUAUCAAAGUUCCCCAGUUUGUCCCUCCUCCUAGACUGACGCCUCGACCCACCUUUCUGCCACAGGUUCGCCCGAAACCUGCCACUCACAACAAUGUGCCCAUCGCCCCUGCUCCUCCUCCCCCGAUGAUGGCUGCUCCACAACUGCUCCAGAGACCGGUCAUGCUCACUACCAAGUUAACGUCAGGGCUACACACCUCGACAAGCCCCAUCCACCAAGUGCGCAUUGUUAACGGCCAGCCAUGCGCCAUCCCCAAAACCAUCCCUUCUACAGGAACCAGCACAAGUCAUGUGACGGGCAUCGUCAUCGGGGGCCCGAUGCAGACGCUGCAGAUCAGCAGCUUAAACGCAGACAUAAAGACUGUGAAAUCUCAGGGGGCUUCAGAGCAGGUGCUCACAAGCUCCCCUUCGUCAGCGUCUCCUCCUCUUUCUCCACCUAAAGUUAAACGAGAGGAAAAUCCACAGAAACUUGCCUUCAUGGUGUCUCUUGGGUUGGUCACACAUGAUCAUUUAGAAGAGAUUCAGAGUCGAAGGCAGGAACGGAAAAGGAGAACGACAGCCAAUCCUGUGUACAGCGGAGCAGUAUUUGAGCCAGAGAGGAAAAAGAGUGCUGUCACCUAUCUGAACACUCCUCUCCAUCAAGGAACAAGGAAGAGAGGUCGCCCACCCAAAUACAGCAGCAGUGCACCAGGGCCAGAGCUGGGCUGCCACCCCCUGCUCUCCCCAUCCAGCAGUCACCCCGCCUCCCCAGCCGCCGAGCGGCCUGAACUCGGGGGCUUCCCCCUCCCCGUCCACCCCCACUCUCUCCCUCAGCCCAGCCCCAGCUCCGGGGAUGGAGACAUCCAUGAGGAUUUCUGCACUGUGUGCAGACGUAGUGGCCAGUUGCUCAUGUGCGACACAUGCUCACGCGUCUACCACCUCGACUGCCUGGACCCGCCCCUCAAAAAUAUUCCUAAAGGCAUGUGGAUCUGUCCCAAAUGUAAAGACCAGAUACUGAAAAAAGAGGAGGCCAUUCCCUGGCCAGGGACCCUGGCGAUUGUACAUUCCUACAUUGCGUAUAAAGAAGCAAAAGAAGAAGAAAAGCAGAAAUUAAUGAAGUGGAGUACCAAGCUCAAACUAGAGCGAGAGCAACUGGAACAAAGAGUCAAGCAGCUCAGCAACUCUAUAACAAAAUGCAUGGAGACCAAGAACAGCAUCCUGGCUCGGCAGAAGGAAAUGCAGGCCUCACUGGAGAAAGUGAAACACUUGGUGCGCCUCAUACACAGCUUUAACCUUUCUCAGACUGUAGAGAUUGGUGCAAACCAGGAGGACAACCCUGAAGACAAGACUGAUGGCUGCCAAGAGCCCAAGGCUGCAGUUCAUUCAUGCGCCAAGCCAUCAGCUUCUGAGCAGAACCCUGCCCAAGUUGCUGCGCAGGUCCCUGCUGCUGGUAUGGUCCCUAAGGUGCAGGCUGAGCCUGAGGUGGGAGAGAUGGCCGACUCGGCCGCCGCUGUCACUCCUGAGACAGAGCCGAAAGAAUCGGGAAUCACGCAGGCCAGUAACACGGCAGUCAGAGACGAAGGGAAGCCAACAGAAGUUACAGAGGUCAAAGAGAAUGGCGGAACGGACUCUCAGUGCUCUGAAGAGGUGGGAGAGAGUCCUGAGACUAUAACAAACUCUGAAAACACAACUCCCAAUGCCAGCAACAGCGAAGAUGAAGUCAAGAUGGACAUCGAGGAUCAGGACCAUGGCAAGAACAGUGGAAAAAUCUCACAACAGCUUUUGCCAGUGGCUCUCAACAGCGUGGACAUCUCCAAAUGAGUCUUAUCCCAGUUGGCUCAACUAAGUAUACCUCUCCUUCACCCAAACAUUUAAAAACACCCAAACUUUUAUUGCAUCCAGCACCGGUGCACCAAGUUGCCAAUCUAUAUAUAUUAUACAUAUAUAUGUGCAUUUUAACUACAUUUUUUUCCAAGGUGUAUGAGUGUGAGACUGUCAACAGUGCUUCUGCAUCCAAGGUGAAUUAGUCAUGGUUCUCAUCAACGAAUACGCCCAACAAAAUGUUGUAGAAAGGUGCUUAUGACGCAGUGUCAUAUCAAUUAGCGGACUGUUUUAAAAUGUAAAAGAAAACAUGACCGAAUUGAAUUGCUAUUGAAGGAGGAGGAUAACUGAAUAUAUUUCAUCACACCAGUGUGUGCCUGCAACAGUUGCCCUUGAAACUCAUGGGGAUUGUUUUAAGUUGUCUUAGUUUCCUUUUCUCUGGGAAGAGGGUGGCAGGUCACACAUGUCCAAAGACUGCAUGCUCUGUCCACCCUCGUCGUGUCCCCCAGCAAGGACUGAGAGGACCCUUCCUAAACCAAAAGCUUCUUGUUCUGAGCUGGGGACAAAUCGCAUCAGUAUUCGCCAGCGCAAGGAAGCACCAAGGCUUCUGAAGUCACUGGCAUUUGUUAGACUGAAUCAGGACUAUAAAAUGCCGAUCUCUCCAUCCUGUUUUCAUUUCAUACGAGCUGCAGAACGUGAACGAUAUGGCUGAAAGGAAGUCCCAUAUCAAGUGCGCCUCAGACCGAACAUCAGAAGAUGACGUCUAGUGUGUUGUGGCAAGACAAAAUACAACUGCGUCUCUUGAUAACAGCAUCUGACGAGUACGACAAAGAUGCUGUGAUGAAGUGAGUCUUUACUGCAUCCGUGUGUGAAACCGUGCAGGCUCACUGUGUUGACGGGGGAAAGGUGUCCAUGUCUGAGGAGUAUUUUUGUCUUUUUGUUUAUAGCAAAAUGUAUUCAGGUCUUCCUAGUCUUCACACAAAAAUAAGUGCUUUUCUGUUUCCUAAAACAGUCAUUUGCUAUCCGAGGUGUUAAAUUGGCAUCGUUUAUGCAAGGAGCUCUUUGUUGCAAGCAAAAGGGCAUUGCAUAAUGAGUGUUUUAUUUUUUAUUAUUCUAAACUGCCAAAUGUUUGUUUUUUUUUUUUUCCCUCAAAAUCCCAAAUAGAUGUUAACAUAUUUUAUGUCUAGUAAAGAGUACAUACAUUUCCACUGCUUUCUUCCUUUCCCUGAAUCCUCCUGAAUAGUAACCAUACAUACAUAACAAUAAUGCUUCACAAUUUAAGGUCUUAAUCUUGAGGGUUUGAUGUUGGAGCCAGAUUUAGUAAAAAGACAAAGAUGGAAAACCCUGGAUUUAAAGCACAAGCUUAUUCAAAACAACUAAAAACAAAACACCCUGAAAGACUUAAAGCUUAAAACAGCUUUUUAAAAGCUUAUUUGUUAAUUAACGCUUGAUGAUAUUUUUUGUUGUUGUUCUAAGGAUGUGUAAUGAAGAUGUGCUGCUUGCUCACCUGCAGGUGGCGGCAUCUCCUAUCAGACUUUUGUACCAGUUCAUUUUGAGCCUUUCUUUCCACCUUCCCUAGGACCGACACGUCUUGCCCUGUUACCUCUUCUACACACCGACUUCGUCUCUUUCUCUUGCAUUCAUUUGUACGUUGCACUGGGUUUAGUCAUGUCUUCAUUCAUGGUACUACACAGCUGGCACCUCAAACAUGUUUACAUCAUCACCUCUUUCCAAAUUUACAUAUCUUCAUCUGUGCUACGUUGACAGAUCGUUAGUCUAUUACUUAACGAAAAACUUUAUUCAUUAUACCAUGUAAAUUAUAUUGCACAAUUACUGCUGUUUGCAGAGCAGAACAGGCCUCGUGAUUUCAGACUGUUUCUAAGAUGCAACCAAACUAGCAUAGUGUAAGACAGACAAGGUUUUUCUUUUCCGUCGGAAGCAUGCUGCAGUUCUUUUUGCAAGACUGAACACAAAUCAGCUCCAUGCGUUCCUUUACACUUCUGUUCCUCAGCUAGGACUAGCAAACAAGACAACGACUCUACAUAUCUUUUUCUGUUAUGAUUAUAAUCUUAAAUCAGAUAACCUUAAAGGACAUUUUAUGGCCUUGUGAAACCCCUCACUGUCUAGUGCAUCGUGAGAGGGUUUUUUUUUUUUCUUUUUUUUCCCUUAAAACACCUCCAUUCCUUUCUGUACAGGUGCCCUAGAGUGCCUUUAUUCCAUUCUCUUCCGAUAUAGUUUCCGUGUUUAGUUACAGUAUAUUACCACAGCUCUGCUGUUCACGUUCCUUAAAGUAGAAGCACAGCCACAAGAUGUGAUAUCAUUUAUUUUUUUAUUAGUAUUCUAAUUGGUCAAGAGUAAAAUUGGGUGUAAUAAUAACAUGGUGUUAAUUGCGUGAUCGUCUGGUUCUCUCACACCGCCUGUGGUUGACGUAGAUGUUUCACACUCUCCCUUUUAAAACAGAAGCUUAAAGAGCUUAAUGUUCAGGUUAAGGAGUUGCCUUAAAAGGGUUUUUAAAGUUUAAGGGUUUUUUUUUUUUAACACCCAUAACAAUAGUGUAUUUAUCAUAGUAAUUGCACAAGUUAAAAAAUUCUUCUAUUGUGGCAAAAUUAGUGCUUUUGUUUAGUGGUAAAAUCUGACUCGAGUAUGAUCUUUACUUGUUUUUAUUGGCUUAAGUAAUUUUGUGGGGAUAAUAACACGCGAGUACGGACCUUUUUAUUUUAUGCACUUUCAGUAGUGAUACCAUUAGUAUUAAAGGUACACCAAGGAAUAUUUUUAGUCAGUUGGUUAGUAUGCCGUAUAAGAGUAGGACAUAAUCUCUCAAGUUUUUCCACUUCUCACUUCUUCAUAUUCCAUAUUCCCUACUGCUAUGUAGUGUAGAGCCUCUGUGUUGAGGUUCAGUGAGUGUUUUUAUUUUUGUUUGUUUGUUUUUUAAUACCUGGGACUGUUUAUCAUCUGGUUAUUAAGAACUUAAUACAGCAAAUUCUUUUUCUAUUCCAGAUGAAGAUCAUCAGGUAUUCAAAUUCAGCUUAGGCGUUUGGCAACUUAGGAAUGAUCAAAGAACACCGGCAAGCUCACAGCAAACCCACAGAAAUGCCACCAAUCCGUUCGAUAGCAAACGGCACUUUCUUAUGCAAACAUUUUUUUUAUUUUUUUUAAUAGACAUCUUUUGGCGUCUCUCUUUUAAAUAUGCAUUUAGCUUUGAAUUUAAGUUGUAGGACUUUUAUGCAGAACUAUUUUGUUACUUUUCAUUUACCGUUGCUGACAGCGAGAUUUAAAACAAAGCAAAACAAAGUAAGCGGUACACGCGUUCUGAGCGUCUCAUAAAACGCCAUGUUUAUUGAUGAACAAAUAGACUUCUGCUUGUGGCAUUUCUGGGAUCUCUGGCACACGAUUAAGUCAAACACUGUAAGGGUUACAUGCAGGAGUAAUCAGAAUGCCUCCGACCUUGUCAUUUGUACUAAUGUGGAGUGUUUCAUCUCAUCUCAUGAUCGGUGGACUAUAUAAUUUUUUUUAAUGACUUUCAUAUACGUACCAUGCUGAAUUAUAGGUUUUGGGGGGUUUUUUUGUUUUGUUUUUUUGCAAGGGGGGAGAUGGUGAGUGAAGAAAAUGUCUUGCUGGCCUAAAGUUGUAGUGUAACAGACCCAAGUUCACGUUCUGUAAUCAGAAUACCCAAAGAGACUGCAAAUGUGCAUUUUGCUACAAGGAAGCCUUUUUAUGUUAUGAAUACAUAUCACGUCUCUUCUGUCUGACAGCUUACACCAUUAUAUUGUUCAUUUUUGUAGACCUUUGGAUCGCAUUAGUCAUUCUUCUGUGCACUGUAAUAAUCUAGGGUUUACAAUAUGAGAGAAUGGGGACUACGUUUAAUGCAUACAUGGGAACAUUUUAAUUACGGAUUCAUUCCAGCUGUACAUCUCAUUAACCUGCUAGAUUUUAGAUCCUCCAUAUUCACACGUUAGUUUUAAGUUUGUUUUUUAUUCUCAGUCAUGAAUGUGGCCUUCUAGUAUUGUUGAUGCAUUUCAUUAUACAGUAACUUCCCUGGUAUUGUUCACCUCGUGUGUGUGUGUGUGUGUGUGUGUGUGUGUGUGUGUGUGUGAACGACUGAGCGUAUGUGUGUGUCUUUUACCUCAUCUGCAGUCAGCUCUUAAAUUGGAGUACUUUUGUUUACGCGUGCAAAAAAAAAAAAAGAAAGAAAAAUGAAAAGAAAAAAAAUCUUCCACUAAAGAAACACAAGAUGCAUUGUAGCGAUUUGAGUAAUUACGAAACGUUCACCCGGUGUGCUGAACUAUGUGUAAAUUGUUUAUUACACAAUAUAAAUAUUUGUAAAAUUGUUUGUAUUUUUCAUAAUGGUUUUAAAAAGGAGUGUGUUUAUUUUUAUGAAUUCUUUCUGUUACAGAACUCUUGCUUUGUCUUUUUCGCCUGACAUUGUGAGUGAAUUGGUUGGUUCUCUUACCUCUCUCAUGUAUUUGAGCCUGUGCUGAGUUGUUUGUAUGCAGUGUUUAGAAAUACUGUAGGGAACGUGAGACAAAAUUGAUAUUAGGAGCAAUUGAUCAAUUUGUAUUUAUUUAUUUUAUCAUUUUGUUAAUAAAUUUACCAAGAAACUUGGUCUGCA